AUGGAGUUUAUGAGCACGUUGUUUAUGGAUAAGAAAAACUUAGAGUGGAAAAAGUCGUACCACUUUAUACAGGGAGCGGACCCACAGUUCGGUAUGAUUGAGAGGUCUUUGCAAAACAAAACAGACGGCCAGUGGUGGGAAGAGAUAGCACUCACCCGACAGGCCAUCAGUGAGUGGAAUGCUAUGCAACCGAAGCCCAAGUUUGUGGUCAUUUGCGGCGAUUUGGUCGACGACUUCCCGGGACGAGAGCCCCGACGGGCCAAACAGAUCGCAGACUUAAAGAACGUGUUUCAAGAGUUGGAUAAAGAUAUACCACUUGUAUUGUUG